AUGCGGUUUUCAAUCUUUGUACAUGGCCUUAUAGCGUCGCUUACUUCGGCAGCUUCACUUACACAAGUCUCAAACUACAAUAACAAUGCAACUUCAAAGGCCCAGAUGUGGGUCUACGUUCCGGACAAGGUGGUGACCAACCCGCCCCUGGUCGUAGUCAUCCACUCCUGCCAAUCAACCGCCCAGUCGUAUUUUCAGAACAGCAAGAUACCGUGGAAGCAAGGAUCGGACAAGAAAGGAUACAUCACAGUUUGGCCAUCGUCCCCGAACUCGGGGACUUGCUGGGAUGUCUCUUCGAAGAAGUCGCUUUCCCAUUUGGGUGGCGGCGACUCCCAGGCUAUCGCCAACAUGAUACUAUAUGCCAUUGACAAAUACAAGGCCGAUCCAACACGGGUCUAUGUCACCGGUGGGAGCUCCGGGGCGAUGAUGUCCAAUGUUCUUGCAGCGACGUACCCCGAACUCAUCAAGGCCGUCUCGCUGUACUCUGGAGUGCCCGCUGGAUGUUUCGUCAGCUCCUCCGGCGGCGUUGACCAAUGGAACAACUCGUGCUCAGGCGGCCAGGUAAAGGCGUCGUCGGACCAAUGGAAGAAAGUCGUGCUCGACAUGUACCCCUCCUACAGUGGACCGCGGCCGAAGAUGCAGAUCUGGCACGGGAGUGCUGAUAGCACGCUCGCGCCGCAGAACUACCAGGAGACGAUCAAGCAGUGGACGGGCGUCUUUGAGGUCAGCCAGACGCCGACGAGCGAGCGGAAGAAUUACCCGCAGAAUCAGUACACAACUGAUGAUUAUGGGCCGAGUGUUCAGGGCAUUUAUGCCCAGGGGGUAGGGCAUAGUGUUCCCGCCAACUUGACCGCCAGUGAAGAGUGGUUUGGACUGUGA